UAGCCAGGCUUUACACUAUGCCCACAUUCUUUGCAAGGUAGUACAGAGUUUUACAACAACAUCGUACAACAAGAGAGACGCGGAGGUGGUAUCAAUGAAAGUUCUCAGAUGAGCUCAGAAUCUGAGAGUGUGAUGGCUAACAUCGGGCCGAACAUUGGAGAGAGGAGGAAUGUCCUUAUCGCCAUGGACGGGAGCGACUACGCGGAAGGAGCAUUCAAUUGGUACAUGGAACAUGUCCAUCGGGCAGAUGAAGACCACGCCCUCCUUGUGAACAUUGCAGACCACAGCCACAGCCUAACUCACGGGUCUGCCUGGAUGUCUGCUGAUCCGAAAUUAGUUGAGCAUGCCAUUCGUGAAGAGGAAAAGAAAGCAAAAGAAAUGGAGAAAAAGCUGGAGGGAUAUCUUGUAGAGACUGGCAUAGAGGGACAAGUCAUCAUUACAAAGGGGGAUCCAGGACCUACUUUAAUCAAACUAGCGGAUGAAUUCAACGCUGCCUACAUAGUUACAGGAACCAGGGGUCACGGGAAAAUAAGACGGACUAUUUUAGGAAGCGUUAGUGAUUAUGUGAUGCAUCAUUCCCAUGUGCCUGUUCUCAUUUAUAGGAGUUAGGUUCAUCCUUCCUACGCAACUAAGAACGAAGCCAUGCAGCUCAACAAGAUGAUGGAAUAACACCGAUUGACCAAUAAAGCAGAAUAAAAUUCAAUCAUAAAGGAGUUGAUUUCUGAAUAGAAACAAUAGUAAGACUUAUUAACCCUAGGCACUUCGAGGGAUUUGCUUGGGAUAUUCACUUUUUUUAAUGAUCGUAUAACCAUUCCACAAUCUUAUGAAGCAUAAUGUAGUUAUUUCAACGUGAAAAUAGAACUAUAUAUCUGUGAAAUAAGUCAGUGUUUAUAGUCUUUGUUUGUUUGCUUUUUUACGGUCUGUGUAUGUUUGUUUGCCGGACUAAAAGCUUUAGCUCUAGGCUUGAUUAGUUCAAGUUUCAUAUGCAUGCAUGAGUAACAAACUCGGGACAUAAAUACCCCGACAUUUGCUAAAUGCAAAUUUGAUUUUUUGAUGUUGUAUUACCGAUUGUUCAAGUAAAAUUUUACGCAAAUAUUUUUUUUGCUUAUAAAACUUGUUUAAAUUCGCAAAAUAAAUUUUGCAAUAUAUAUUUUGUAUAUUCAACAAUAUAAUGUUUUGUAUUUUAGAUAAAUUAAUAAACUUUUAUAUAAAUUUU